GACCAGGAAACUGUGGCUCGUCCGAGUGUAACUUGUACAAGAUGCAGCAACAACACCAUAUCGAUCCUCGGUUAUCAAAAGUCGCUUCUGGAACAUCGAGUCGCAUCCUGUACGACAUCCCAUGCAAAGUAUGCCAAGACCAUUCGUCCGGCAAACAUUACGGCAUAUUUGCGUGCGACGGCUGUGCCGGGUUCUUCAAGAGAUCCAUCAGAAGGCAGAGGCAGUACGUGUGUAAAGCCAAGGCGGAGGGUAGCUGUGUGGUUGAUAAGACCCAUCGCAACCAAUGCAGAGCCUGCCGACUGCGCAAAUGCGUCCAGACAGGCAUGAACAAGGAUGCUGUUCAACACGAACGAGGACCACGGAAUUCGACGCUACGACGUCAGAUGGCCCUUUACUUCAAAGAACCGAAUUCACCGCCUCACGGUGACCUGUCGGGGGUGUUGGGGGUUGCGUCUGUGUCCAGGCUGCUACAGUCUCCGCCGCCCCAGCCGCCGCCUUCACACCCCGCAGUCUUGGACCUGGCUCUGCCCAAGGCACCGCACCCAGAACUGCCUCAUCCUCUGUAUCACGCGAACCCCUUCUUCUGCAGCCCCGUUGCGGUUGCUGUGCCUAAGUUCCCCCUGGGUCCGAUUCUAACAUCGCCCUUCCCGUCACAUACCACGGAGACCCUGUGCGAGUCUGCAGCCCGACUUCUGUUCAUGAACGUGAAAUGGACAAAGAAUGUCCCAGCAUUUACUGCUCUCGACUUCCAGGACCAGUUGCUGAUGUUGGAACAGAGUUGGAGAGAACUUUUCGUACUCGGGGCCGCUCAGUAUCUGCUGCCUUUGGACAUAGGCCAACUUAUGAGCCUUCGUGGAGCCCUCGUUGACAGGGAUUCAGCAAAGGAGGCGUCACUCCUGCAUGAGAUCAAGGUGUUCCAUAGCACAGUUACCAAGUUUAAGGACCACAACGUGGAUCCCUACGAGUACGCUUGUCUGAGGGCCAUUGUGCUGUUCAGGGCUACCGAUGUUGACAGCGGAAGCAGUUCUGCUAGCAGCAACAAAAAUAGUACAACGGGCAUUGAUCGCAGGACCUUGGCUAACCCAGCAACAGUGGCGACACUUCAGGACCAUACACAAUAUACCCUGAAGAAAUACAACGACACCGUUCAUCCCAGAGACCCCGUACGCUUUGGCAAACUUCUUUUGUUACUACCAACUCUUAGAACAGUGUCGGCAGCCACAAUAGAAGAACUCUUCUUUCGAAGAACAAUAGGCGAUAUUCCCAUCGAAAGAAUAAUAUGUGAUAUGUAUAAGACGACCGACAUUUGAGUGCCACAGACCAAAAAUGGGGAUAAAUUUGUGGGAUUCUUAAACUGUAUUUAUCUGCAUGGGGGUGGGGACAGUUCAUGCAUAGAAACAUCCACUGGAAUAUUCUCAUUCUCGAAACGACAUUUUUCAUCGCCAUGUUGGAAACUGCAGGGUGAACAGAAGACUUUAAACACAUCAUCGAAUCUCGGUGAAAUAAACUUAAUUUCGUAUUAAAAACACAAACUCAUCUUCAUAAUUUAAACAAAAAAUCAUCUUCGUAUUCAAAGACGCAAAUGUCUGGUGCAACAUUUGACAUUAAUUUCGAUUAUCUUAAAAUAAUUUGUAAUCUACAACAAAUGGGGUUAACCCUAGUGCUCUCUCAAUGAUGUGGGAUAUUGUUUGAAAAAUCUAUUGUUACUCGGCUUGUCAAAUAAUAGACCACUUUCUUUAUUUAACACGAAGGUUCAUCACCGUGUUCACAAAAUCCCGCCACCGGACUUUAUCCUGAGCAACCCUAUGACAAUACCAAAUAAUAUGUGGAUGUUUUAUAUUUUUAUAUUGCUAUACAUUGAAUAUUAAAUAAUAUUAUUAGCUUUAAAGCACAACUGUGAUUAUAGCACGAAUAGUAAUGUAUGACAUGCUGUGAAGAAAUCAUUUUGGGUACAAUUCUUUCAUAAGUGAGUG